AGGCGGCUGUGUCCAUAUAUAUAUAUUCCCCGUCAACCAGAGGCGUCGAAAUCUUGAGAAUAUUUUCUUGGAAAAAAAAGGGUAUGGCGAUUGUGGACGAGCUUCCGCAAGACUUGUUGAUGGAAAUCUUAUCUCGUCUUCCUGUGAAAUCCCUUCUUCAAUUGAAAUCAGUCUCCAAAGGCUUGUACGUUCUCAUUCAAAACCCUAGCUUUAUCUCUCUCCACCACACCCGUGCCCGAAUCUACUGCUGCCUCUCCAUUGUAGUACGGACUCCCAACAACAACGCCAGUCAACGGUCCCUGUAUAUAUCCCCCGACCCAACAACUUCAAUCGAACAUCUAGAUCUCUCUUUCACCUGGCCCCACCUCAACAAGGAAUUCAUCCGCCAAACCUCUUGUAAUGGCCUCAUGUGUCUAUCUACUGACUCCAACAUCGUGAUAUGCAACCCCGCAACGAAAGAAUGUAGGCUACUCCCUCAACCCCCUUAUCAUGCUUGGCGUACUAAUUAUCUAGGGUUUGCUUUUGAUUCUAAAACUAGUGAUUAUAAAGUGGUUAGACUCGUCUCUCUCUCUGAAACCACGCUUGUUGAUCACAAAAUUCAAAUCUAUGGCAUGAGGGCAGAUUCGUGGAAAGCAAUUGCUACUGCGGUGCCCAACCACGACUUCACUGUUAAUCAUCAACCUUGCACGUCAUUGGAUGGGGUUUUCUACUGGUUGAGUUGUGUCUCUUCUACUUGUGUCUGCGCAAUUGAUGCCUUAAACACAGUUGAAGGAUCGUUUGAGCGGAGAUCCUUGCCCGUCGUCGUUAGCUCUGAUGAGCAGAUUAAUCUUUGUCUUCUGAAUGAUUCCCUUGCCUUUGUUGAGAGAAAGUACGACAACCAGCAGACGCGUCUUGAUGUAUGGUUAAUGGACCAACUUGGAGUUGAAGAGUUUUGGACUAAAAAGUGCACUAUUGGGCCCCUCUUAGGAGGCCACAUUCCAUUUGGGUUUCGGCCAAAUAGCGAGGUUCUUAUGACUAUGUGCAAAACUUCGCAGAUUGCGUACCAUAGUACACAGUAUAUAGAAGAAUGCAAACAGAACCAAAACUUUCCAACACAGAUUUUUCUAUACUCAGAGAACUUAGUGUCUAUCAAGAGACAAGUUGAUUUAGCUUAAUUAGGAUGGUAUUGCAUUUACGUGUUGCUAAACAAGAAGAAGAAGGUGAUAAAGCGUACCAAUCAGCUUCUGGAAGUUCUUCUUGAUGGUCUUCUACUCAAGCACCACGGAACUACGAAGCAAUUUAUUCAGGUUUGCAUAUUGUUGAGAAGUGUGAAAGGCUCCAACUUACAGGUCUUGGACAAUGGACAGAUAUCCGUUUUCAAUUUCUCUGUACUUGUUGUCUUUUCUUCCUAUGGAAUCUUAUAUCGUGGGCUUCAUAACUACUAUUGAACCUUGGUUUCAAAUUUGGUCAAAUUUUAAACCGUAAGAUCUGCCACUUUGCUUAGAUUAAUUUCCCGAAUGAAUUCUUUUGUUUUGC